AUGUCUCAAGAAAAAACCCUCCCUUCGACAUUACAAAGCGUUGCAAUUGAAGAACUUUUCGAAAUACCCUCUCGAAUACCAGACGAUUUACAGGCCUUGAAAUUAUGGAUUGAACAGCAGCCUCACUUAACAGCUCGUACAGAUGACCAAUUCUUAUUGCAAUUUCUGCGCGGCUGUAAAUAUAGCAUGGAAAGGGCCAAAGAGAAAAUCGAGCGGUUCUAUACAAUGAAGACUAAAUUUCCCGAAACCUUAGGCAUUUAUGAUUUGGAUAAUGAGAGAUUUCGUCAAGUGGCGCGGUUAGGCUGUGUUGCCCCCUUACCCAUACCCCUCAAUGGCGAUGGCUGUCGCUUGGUCAUGGGUCAUUUCAAUUAUAAUCCUCAGGAAUAUCGUGUUGAGGAGAUAUAUCAUGUUGGUUCGGCCAUGUAUGAAAUAUUUCUCAUUGAUGAUCCCUAUGCCUGUAUUUGCGGGAUAAUUAACAUUGUCGAUAUGUCCCAGGUUACGAUGGCACAUUUAUUACAUGAAAAUGCAAAUUUUCUUAAAACCGGCAUUGAAUUUAUAGAAAGUGCAAUGCCCCUGAGAAAUAAGGCCGUUUAUUUUGUAAAUGUUUCACCGGCAGCUGCACAAUUUUUCAAUUUUUUUAUUCCCUUAUUUUCGGAGAAAUUAAGGAAGAGGAUUUUCAUUUGUUCCACCUUGGAGGAUUUGAAGCAACACAUACCACUCAAAUAUUUACCUGAAUAUUAUGGUGGUGAAAAUGGUAGCAUGGAGCAUCAUAUCAAGGCCCUGAAAGCCAAAUUCGAUGAGUAUAGAGAAUAUUUCCAGGACAACGUUAAUUAUGGUGUAAAUGAAUCAUUGCGACAAGAAGAGUCUUCAGAUGUGGACAAAUUAUUUGGUCUUGGUGGUUCAUUUCGAAAACUGGAAGUAGAUUAA